CUUCUUCACAUUCAAUCGUUAAUUGUCACUCGUUGAUUCUGUCUUUUCUAGCCUACUUCAAAUAUGAGGUAUUCACUUCUUACCACCGCACUGGCUCUGGCAGCCAGUGCCACCGCCGCCGCCGUCCCCGCGUCGGCGCAGAAGCGCGACUCCACGACGGACUACAUCCCCUCCUACUUCACCGACGGCUGCACCAAGGAGAAGAUGACAAUCCGCAAGGAAUGGCGGCACCUGACCACCCAGGAGCAAAGCCACUUCCUCGACGCCCUCCAGUGCCUGAUGGACAAGCCGGCGCAGUCCGGCCUCAGCGCGACCACCAGCCGAUUCAGCGACCUGCAGGCGCUGCACCGCGGGAUGACCAACACCGCGUACGCGGACAUCAUCCACCACGUGGGCCAGUUCCUCCCCUGGCACCGCUACUACAUGCACAUCUACGAGACCCUCCUCCGCGAUGAGUGCGGCUACACCGGGUCGAUUCCCUACUGGAAUGAACAACUUGACGCCGACAGCGGCAACAUGUUCCAAUCCACAAUGUGGGGCGCCGACGCCUUCGGAGGCAACGGCACUGGAUCGGGCUCCUGCGUGACCGACGGCCGCUUCGCCAACAUGACCCUGCACAUCGGGCCCGGCGAUGAGGACACGGACUACUGCCUGCGACGCGCGUGGGACAAUGAGGCCGCCAUCGCCAACGCCAACAGCACCGCGCUGAACGCGUGUAACGCGUACACCACCUACUCGCCGUGGUGGGACUGCAUCUCCAACAUCCCGCAUAAGGGGGUGCAUACGAAUAUCGGUGGUGUGAUGGCCGACAUCAAGUCCUCCCCGGGCGACCCGGUCUUCUUCAUGCACCACGCCUACAUCGAUAAGGUGUGGUGGGCGUGGCAGAAGGCGGACCCCGUCAACCGCAUGUACGACAUCAGUGGGCCGACGCUGAACCACACGGCCAACGUCGAGCCGGCUGGCGGGUGGCAGAACGCGACGCUGCAUUACGCGCUUUCAUCGUUUGAGAUUAAGCCUAAUGUCACGAUCGGCGCGGUCAUGAAUACCCAGGGCGGAUACCUGUGCUAUGGGUAUGAUUAGGGGGCAGUAUUUUAGCUUCCAAGCUAGAGGAGUUGCGGGUACUCGGUGUGGGGUGGCUUUAGUCGAGGCGUGUUGUGGAUGGUGUUUAUCUUCUAAUCUUCUGAUAGAGUUAUAGAUGAGGGUUUUGUAAUCAUUGUGUGUGCACAAGGUACAUUUUUCGUUCAAGAAUAUAUUCUGAUAAUACGCAGGGCAGCCAUAUCGCUAUGCAUAUCCAUGUCCCCAAUCAUAGCCCGUAUGCCUAAAAAAGUGCAAACAUCGACCUGGGAGUAACCACAAGACCUAUCAUAUACCAGCCGUCAACCCCAUGAGUAUGUCCUUAGCCUAAAAUAAAGGAAACCGAUCAUAUUUCCAACCGCCAGCACGGUUCACCAAUUCCCACACCCCUGACUCUCUGCACUAC